CGAACAGUUAAUCUUGCAAUGCGAAUCAAGAUGCAUUGCUUCGGUUUCGCACUGCUGCUAAUAAUGCUUCAUUGUGUUGGAGCGCAAUUUAACUUAACUGCCUAUAAGCAAAUGCCUGCUCUGUAUCACCUGGAUGACUACGAUCUGUGCCUACAGCAGCCACCUAGUCGUCUUUUAUUCCGCAGCACCUACUGCCUCGUCUACGUUGAGAUUGUGUCCAAUGCCAGCUCCAAUCUUUGGCAGCAGAUCGAGCGAGUGUCGCGCGAUGAGAAGCAUCACUUUCGUCACGAUCAUCUAUUUGUGGGGGUUUGUUUAGAACGCUGCAAACAGGCGCUGCAUACUCUCUCCAAAUUUCAGAUACAGCAGCUGUACGAGGGAAAGGUGGCAGAUGAAGAGCUGAGCAGUUAUUAUACCAAAGUGCAUAAGCGGACAUCAGAUGAGCGCCUACUCUACGACCACCUAAUCAAUAGCUGCCUUAAUCGCCAGCUGGGCAACAGAUUCCAAUUGCGUCUGCGCAGCAGCAUUGAAUACUGCGAGCGAGCCGAUGAACCACUCGAACACGAUGCACUCGAUUUAUUUGUUUACGGGCUGCUCAUCCUGCUGCUGCUGCUCACCGUGCUCUCAAGCUACUAUGAUUUCAGCCUCAAGCGACAGCAAAAUGUAUCCGGCUCAACUAAUGGGAAUCUCUUUUACCAGCAGCGCCUCAGGAUGCGUGCUCAAAGAUUUCUCUGCUCCUUUUCGCUGUGCCGCAAUUAUUAUCGUCUUGUGCUGCCCUUGAGCAGCGAUAUCUCCAAGGAUCUGCGCUUCUUUGAUGCUUUCCGGGUGAUGGGCGUUUUUAUCGUUAUAAUGGGACACACGUUGAUGGUCUUUAUGACGGUGCAGCUGCAGAAUCCGGAGUUUUUCGAGCAGUAUCUCUACAAAUUUGAGGCUUCAAUAUUUCAGAAUGGCAACGCCUGCAUUCAAAUAUUUUUCGUAAUGAGCGCUUUUCUACUCUACGUGAAUUUUACGAAGCUUAAGUGGAUCAAGCCGGAGACGGGAGUUCUGCGUUGUAUUGCGGUUUAUUUUCGAGUGUUCUUUUGCAGAUAUUUUAGGCUGCUGCCAUCGUUAAUUAUGUUGAUCCUUUGCAAUGGCACAAUUUUAACCCGUUUGGGCAAUGGACCUCUUUGGAGACAUUUGACGGAGGCCGAAAGAGUUUUCUGUCGCGAGAACUGGUGGAAGAAUGUUUUCUUUGUGAACAAUUUUCUGCUGGAGGAGAGCUGUGCACACCAAACUUGGUAUUUAUCAGCAGAUAUGCAGCUCUUUGAACUCUUCCUCAUUGUCAUCAUCAUAGCAAAUAAAUAUCCCAGACUGGCCAGAUAUAUGUAUAUAGUGCUGAUCGCAUUGGCAUUGGCUGUGCCAGCUCUGUUGACCUAUUACCUAAAACUGGAUGCAGCUUAUCACAUGAAGCCUGAAAACUAUCGAUAUUUAUAUUUUCGGAAUGUGGAGACCUUUUACAGCAUCUAUUUGCCAUUCUACACAAAUAUCGGUGGCUAUUUGAUGGGUUUCCUCUGUGCUCAUCUCUAUCUCAAGUCGCGUUCCACUCCAAAUGGGGCCAGCUACAAAGGCAACUCGAAGUUGGAGCUGGGCAUGUGGAUGCUGUUCUUGAUCCUCUUUUUGAUCCUCUUCUCUGGCUUCAUCUUUAUCAGGCACGACUUUGAGAAGCCCUCCAUUUGGCUGGCACUCUAUGCGUGCCUCUACAAGAAUCUAUGGAUUCUGGUCUGUGCGGGCUUUGUGUGCUGCAUGUGCUUCAAAGUGGGCUGGCUGGCCUUCGAAUUUAGUUCUCUGGCCAUUUUUCGACCUUUGGCUCGACUUUCAUUUCAGACUUUUCUGUGGCAUACUUUUGUAUUGCGCCUCGUUGCUGGUUAUUUUCGAGAGCCAAUCUAUGUCAACAAAUUAUAUUUGUUUGGCAAUGUAAUUGUUGUGUUUGUCCUGACGCAAAUUUUGGCUUUUGUUGUGGCGUUGCUAUUUGAAUACCCGCUGGCAGAACUCUUAAAACAGCUAACUAGCCAAGAGUCAACUGUUGUUGACCAAAAGCCGAAUGCAAACUAUGCAAAUGCAUUUCAAAUUGAGCUUAAUUCGCGCUAAUAUUUUGGUAUUUUAAUUUCAAUUUGGCAAAUAAAUAAAAUAUUCCG